AUGAUGUAUGGUUUAGGUAAAAUGGAUUGUUUACAAGGUGAAGAUGAAGAAAAUUGUUUUGAAUUAGAAAUAAAUGAAUGUAUUAUUGGAAAAGAAUUUCGUUGUCGAAAUGGUUUAUGUAUUCCCAAUGAAUUUGUUAAUGAUGACGAUAGUGAUUGUUUAGAUGGAAGUGAUGAAAGCCAGAAAAAUUAUAAAAUUGAAUGUGGUAAUUACUUUUUUCAACCAUCAAUUAUCUGUGAAGAACAUUUUUGUGGUCGAUAUGAGUUUUCUUGUGGAGAUAGCAACUGUCUCAAAAAUUAUCCUAUUCGAAUGAAUGCCAAUUUAGAAAUAUGUCCAAACGGAAGAGAUAAACAAUUUCGAAGAAAUCAAUUUCUUCAUAACUCAAAUAAAUCCGAAGCAUCUUGUUGGGGCUAUAUUUCGCAUUUGAUUGGAUUAAAUGUCAAUUUCGAUAUUGAUGAAGAUUUUUAUGUUGAUGAUAUAUAUUAUGACAUUUUCAUAGAUGAUAGAUAUAGAUGUCCACCGAUUAUAGUCUUUCCAUCGUAUCCAAUUAUCUUUGGACAUGUUCGUUUUAUUUAUUAUUCGAAUAAAACCGAUUGGUUAACAAAUGCAUCUCCAAAUUUUAUAUGUUUUAAUAAGAAAUGGUGUUCAUCAUUUAAAAUCACAAAAAACUUCGAUGAUUUAACAUGCAUCGAUUAUGACGAUUUGCCAUUAAAUCGUACUUAUAGAAAUUGGAAUACACUCAUGAUUGCCAUUGAAAACAUAUUUAAAGAAUGUUCACAUGAAGCUCUUCAAAAAAAUGAUGAACAAUGUCAUCAUUCAUCGUUAAUUCCAUGUGAGAAUUCAUCCAAAUGUAUUUCCAAAUAUCGUUUAAUCGAUGGUUAUAAAGACUGUCCAAAUUGGUCGGAUGAAUUCUCUACUAAAACAUGUUAUUUAAAUCUAACACAUCGUUUUAAAUGUUUAUUAGAAGAUAAAUGUAUUCCGUUAAAUAUGAUUCAAGAUGGAAAAGCAGAUUGUUUAGACAAAUCUGACGAAUUUAUUCGACAAAAAACAUGCCAAAAUUCAGGAAAAGAUAUCUGUCAUCCGGGCAAACAAACCUUACAUAUUCCUUUUGGACAAAUUUGUGAUGGAAUUGUUCAUCUUCCUAAAUCAUCUCUCAAUAUUGAAAAUGAUGAAACUCAUUGCGAACAAUGGCCAUGUGAGACAUUCUAUACUAAUUGUAAUGAUGUUUGGAAUUGUCCUGAUGGACAUGAUGAAUUAAAGUGUUUAGAUCUGUUUCAAUGUCCGCAAGGUAUGUUUUUUUGUUUUGAUGAAGAUUUGACAUACUCUUGUACGAAUAAUACAUCAAAUUGUAUUGGAUCAAGCAAUGAUCGAAAUUAUUGUCGAGAAAAAUAUCCAGAGAAUUUCCAUUUAAGAUAUCGUUGUUUUAAUGAUACAAAAUGUAUUAGUCCAUUUCAAUUAUGUGAUUGUCGUAUUGAUUGUCCUUUAAAACAUGAUGAUGAAAAUUUAAUUUGUCAACACGAGUCUUGUCAAUUAAAUGAAUAUCAUUGUAAAAAUGGAAAGUCAGCUACACGUUGUAAUUUCGUUGCUGAAUGUCGUGGGAAAGAAGAUGAAUUAUUAUGUGAUUUAAUUGAUAUUCCAAAACGAGAGAAACAAUUUGGAAUAGAUGAGGAAUAUUUCAAUCCAUAUCCAUCGAUUGAAAAGAAUUACUCAAAUGAUAUUAUUGAAUUAAAGAAGAAUUUCAAAGUUUUAUCUUUAAAUGAUUUGUCCGCAGUAUUCUUUGGAUGGCAUUGUCAUCGUGGAGUACUUAUUCGAAGCGGAGAUUCAUAUCAAUGUCUUUGUUCACCUGCAUAUUAUGGAAGUCGUUGUGAAUAUGAAAGUGACCGUUUGAGUGUUAUUCUUCAACUGCACACUCCAUCUUUAAUAAAUCGUCAUCAAAUAUUUCAAAUCGUUAUUUUCCUUUUGGAUAUCAAUGAAAAUAUUCUUUCUUAUGAAAUAAUUCUUUAUUCAGAUAUCAAUUAUUGUUUAACAAAAUAUCUUCUUUAUUUACUUUAUCCAAAUCAAUCAAAAUUACCUAGAAACUCUUUCAUACGUAUUGAUAGUUUUAUUCUAACAAAAGAAGAGGAAGAAAUACGAUAUAGUCAAUCAUGGUAUUUCGAUAUAAAAUUUCCUUUUCUUCCUGUGAAUAGAAUUGCUGCUCGAUUAACAUUAUCAAUUAAUACAAGAACAACUGUUCAAUGUAAUGAACUAGUUUGUAUACAUGGACAAUGUAUGGAAUAUGUUAAUAUUCGAAAAAUCUAUUGCCAUUGUUUUCAUGGCUGGUCAGGAAUGUCAUGUGAUAUUCCAUUAAAUUGCCAAUGUUCAAAAGGAUCAUUUUGUAUUUCAAAUCAAUUAUGUAUAUGUCCAAUUGGUCGAAUUGGGCCUUUAUGUCGUGUACCAUACAAUAUUUGUCAAACGAAUAGUUGUAGAAAUAAUGGAACAUGUGUUCCAUUGGAUGCUAGAGCCACGGCUUAUGAUUAUGAUAACGUGCAACAGCAAUAUAUUUGUCUUUGUCCAGAAGAAUUUGCUGGAAAAUAUUGUGAAAAAAUUGUUGCAAAAACUCAUAUUCAAUUUUCGGAUAUAUCAUGGUCUUCGCCAAUAUUAAUUCAUUCAAUUAAAACAUCGGAAGAUUUCUCUCGUGCGCCUCGUCGUCGUACUAUUUUUCGAAGGAUUCAAUCGAAAAAUUUAACUAUUUAUAAUCCAUUUGUUGAUACACCAGAAUAUCAACCAAAUUUAGUUUAUAUUCAAUUCAUUGAUAAUAAUAUAGUAAGUAGAUAUUACCUAGUCGGAAUUCUUCCGAGAAAAUUCUCGGAAGAAGUGAUUACUUCGAUUCUUCCAUCGAAUCGUUGUCCACAUAUCAAUGAAUUACUUAAUUCAACUAUUGUUAAUUUUGAUCGAUUACGACGAAUAAAAUUUUAUCAAGAAAUAUGUUUGAAUAAACAUUUCUUUUGUUUUUAUGAUUAUGAUCAAAUGUGUUUAUGUAAUCAAUUUCAUCAUCUUGAUUGUUUCGAUUUUAAUCAUAGUCUAUCUAUUUGUCAACAAUCUUUAUGUGAAAAUAAUGGACUUUGUAUUCAAGAUGAAGAAAUUUGUCAAUCAAAAUCAUUUUGUAUCUGUCAAGGGUGCUUUUAUGGAUCGCAUUGUCAAUUAACAACACAGAAGUAUGUUCUUUCUCUCGAUGGAAUUAUUGGACAAUAUAUUUUGCGAGAUGUUAAUUUGACCGAACAACCGUUUAUUAUUCAACUAAGUACAAUUGUUAUAUCAAUUAUGUUUUUCUUAGGAAUAGUAUCAAAUUCAUUUUCUAUUAUAACAUUUAAACAAGUUAAAAUACUGGAUGUUGGAUGUCGAAUUUAUUUAUUGUCCUCUUCGAUAAUCUCUUUAUUAUUAAUGAUUAUCUUUCUUGUGAAACUCAUUUAUUUAUUAAUAACACAAAUUAUGUUAUCUCUGAAUGAAUUGGGUGUUUAUAUAAAUUGUAUUUUAAUUGAAUUUUUAAUCCGAAUAUUUCCAUCGAUAAUUGAUUGGUUAAAUGCCUGUGUUGCUAUUGAACGAACAGUAGCAGUUACUUUUCCUGGAACAUUCAGUCGAUGUAAAAGUGUAAAAAUAGCCAAAUAUGUAAUCAUUUUCAAUAUUAUGUUAAAUAUUGUAAGUUCAAUUCAUGAUCCAAUCCAUCGUCGUUUAAUAACUGAUGAACAAGAUCUACGUAUGUGGUGUACAGUUUCAUAUCAAGAUAAAUCAUGGUUAAAUUAUUACAAUUCAUUUAUUAAUUUAAUUCAUUUUCUUAUUCCAUUUGGAAUAAAUGUUAUUUCGGCUUUAAUUUUAAUAAGACAAACAGCUCGUAGUCGUUCAAAUAUUCAUCAAGAAAUUUCUUAUCAAAAACAUCUGAAAAUUCAAUUUAAGCAAUUCAAACAUUUAUUAAUUAGUCCAUGUAUUUUAAUUCUCUUAGCUUUACCUCGAUUAAUAAUUUCAUUUGUUUAUUCAUGUAUGAAACAAGAUCGAAAAGUUUAUUUAUUUUUGAUUGCUUACUGGAUUUCAUUUACUCCUCCUUUAGCUACUUUUAUCAUUUUUGUUCUACCAUCAGAAACAUACAAGAAAGAUUUUCGUUCUGCUAUGCACCGAUUGUUCUCAUUUAAUUAA